AUGGAGGGAAGCAGAUCAGAAACUUCUGCAGCUGAAGCAAGUGAGGAAAUAAUUUAUACUUCUGUCAAAUUCUCUCAGACUCCACCGCCGAGGGCCAAAGCUGGAUGGGAAAGGAGAGCUCCCUGUCUAUGGCCAGCUGUUGUGCCAGGCUUGGCUAUAGCCUUUGGGCUACUGAGCAUCUCCCUAGCGAUCGCUUUGUUUUGGAAGAUGAGUGACUCCCACCCACGCUGCCCUGAGCAGUGGAUAGCCUACAGAGGGAGCUGCUACUCCUUCUCCAAGGAGAAGAAGGACUGGCUUUCCAGCCAGGAAUCCUGCUGGGCACAGGGAGCUCAUCUCCUGGUGAUCAGCGAUACCAGCGAAAUGGACCUGUUCAAGAGCAUUCAAACAGGAUGUUUCUGGAUUGGACUGAGGAACAGCACAGGCUCUGGCUGGAUUUGGGAAGACGGCUCUAUGCUCAAUGGCACCAAGGUCCUCUCUAACAGCCUUGUGCAACACUGUGUUGUCCUGAUGAAAGAUCACUUUCAGGCCUCCAGCUGUGAAUUUUCUGCUCCAUGGAUCUGUGAGAAAUCUCUUAGGUAAAUCCCAUGUGCAUUUUCAUCUCAUAACCAUCUCAUCAGUGGUACAAGUGGAUCAUUGUCCUGCAAACCAAAGCUCUAUAC